ACAUAACACCACACUCCAUUUCAAAAAGAAAGACUGCAUACAGGAAUGUAAAGUGGCAUCUAAAACUUCCCUUUGAAGGUAUCUUUAUGCAAUUGUUAUGACUUGAAACAGCAUCUCACUUCUUGCAAGCCAUCUGGAGACUAUUAUAGGUUAUAAAGCAGCUGCACAGGAGUGGCUCCUUUUCCUGCCACCGCAGACUGAAAAACAAUAGAGGCGUCUGGGAGCGUGCAACGGAUCGAACCUGACUUUGUGCCACGUUGUUAAACAUUCACCUGGAAACUUAAACCUGUACGCAGCAUGUCGAUUUUCUCUCUUUUUUUGUGAUUGUCUGCACACGCGCAUGCACAAGAUUGUCAAAAAAGCAGCAAAAAGAGAGCGUCUUGUGUCGUCUUCCUGCUCAUUCAGGGUUAAAUUCUCACAGACACUUGACUUCCUCUUGCAAACCUCUCACUCCGACACCCUGGCAAGCCCUCCUCGUUUUUUUCCUCAAGUAAAUGUUAUAAAUAGUGCUGUGUGUUCUGUUGACCGCCAUCCUCCUCUCAAAGUGCAUCGCCCACCUUCGCUCAGUCGUUCACCUUUUCACUUCUUCUCUCUCCGUCUGUUUCUCUCUCUGAGCACAAACACUUGAGUUCAACUUCUCUUCUUCUCUGCUUCUCUCCAAGGCUUUAACAGGAUUUUUCUGCUUGUUCUACACUCCAACAAGAUAUUUACAAGCUCUUCAGCAUGCGUUGUGUGAGCUGGUUGUUGCUGGGGACCUGCCUCCUGGUCCUGGGCCCCGCGGUGCAGGGAGCCCCGAGCCAGUGCCCCAGCCUGUGCCACUGCCACGGUGACCUUCAGCACGUCAUCUGCGACAGCGUGGGGCUGAAGAAGAUCCCCCGGGUGUCGGAGGUGACCCGUCUGCUCAACCUGCAGAGGAACAACCUGGGCAGCAUUCCCACAGGAGCCUUCAGUGAAAGCAAGGGACUCAUCUCUCUGCACAUGCAGCACUGUCAGCUCCGAGAGAUCGGAUCUCAGGCCUUCAAGGGGCUGAAGAAGCUCAUCUACCUCUACCUGUCCAACAACGAGAUCAGCAGCAUCAAGCCCGGCGCCUUCGACGACCUCACCGAGCUCACCUACCUCUACCUAGACGGGAACCAGAUCAGCGACCUCAGCAAGGGCAUCUUCUCCCCCAUGAUCAACCUCUUCAUUCUGCAGCUCAACAACAACAAGCUGCGGGAGCUGCGGCCGGGGACUUUCACAGGCGCCAAAGACCUGCGCUGGCUGCACAUGAGCGGGAACGAGCUGACCACCCUGCACCCGGGUUCUCUGGACGACGUGGAGAACCUCGCUAUACUUCACCUGGACAGGAACAAGAUGUCCACCUAUCCUGUUGCAGCCAUGAGCAAACUGCGAGUGGUGGAGGAACUCAUGCUGGGGAGGAACCCCAUGAGGAUCAUCCCUGACAUCGCCUUCCAGAGCUUUGGCCGCUACAUGGAGAAACUCUACCUGGACAACAUGGGUCUGGAGAAGUUUGCUGAUGGUGCGUUCACUGGCGUCACGGCCGUCAAGUCACUGCACCUGGACAACAACAAGUUAAAGCUCCUUCCCAAAAGCCUCGAGUUUGGCACCAUCACCAACCUCACCCUCUCCAAUAACCCAUGGAGCUGCACGUGCCAGCUAGCUCCACUGCGCAAGUGGAUGGACUCAAGCCGCAAUCGUCCAGACGCAGUGUGUGCAUCUCCACCUCAACAGAAAGGAAAGCAAGUGAGAGACAGCACCGCCUUCAGUGGCUGCAGAGUCAAGCCGAAGAGAGCCAAAAAGGGCACACGUCACUUGAGCAUGCAGCCGUACAGGAGACGCUGAGGAGGAGCCUGUCCAGGUGACUGGCUACACAUGCAACCAAAAGCAAUGCUAACUCAUUCUCCUUCAAGACUGUCCAACUAUUCAUCUGACAAAUAUUGUCAUUGUGUAAACACAAACACGGUCGCAGAUACACUCGCUCUCUGUCUGUCUGUCUGUCUGUCUCUCACCCAAACACACCAAGAGCUUCUCUUUUCACUCAUUCGAUCAGAAGGUGAAGACUUUAUGAAGUGGAAAUGUGCAACCUUCAGGUAACCACCAAAAUAAAAGAUGUGUGUGAGGAAACAAAGGCCACAAGAAGCAUGAACAUGUUGUCUUUUUCUUGGUGUUCUUCCCUGAGGAUCAUCUUCUUUAUGUUGCCUUGAAAAUAUUAACUCAAAACAUAAAUGCUUCAACGACAGCUCAUUAAAAAAAAAAAAAAAAAUGUAACUUGCCAGUAGUGCUCCUCAUGUAUUCAAAUCCGUGCACAUUUUGGUGCCAGUUUGCAUGUUUUAGCAUCAAGGUGUUUAAAUCAUUAAAUGUGAUCAGGUUUUGGACCUUCUUCACUUUUGUGUCCGAUCAGCUGCAGACUGCUUUUAUAUGACUUUGUGUAUUGUGCUCUUACUGCCACUAGAUGGCGUGUCCAUGAACGAGGACAACAGGUCUGAGUUAAAGGGAUAGUGCACCCAAAACUGAAAAUUCAGCCAUUAUCUACUCACCCAUAUGCCGAGGGAGGCUCAGGUGAAGUUUUAGAGUCCUCACAUCACUUGCAGAGAUCCAAGGGGAGAGGAGGUAGCAACACAACUCCACCUAAUGGAGGCUGACGUGCGAGACCAGCGAAAGCAUGUGAACACACAUGAACGCGGUGCCCAUGUCUCACGGUCUUGUGCAAGCGCAUACACGUGAGCACGGUGCCCAGAGAGGCAGUCAGAGCUACAGGCUACAAUGAGGCUAAAAACAGAGUUCAAAUGAGGUUUUUCCAAACAACUUUUUAUGUCGGGGCUUAAGGACACUUGGAUCACUACGGAUGAGCAGUAUGGAGAUAUUUUGUGGUUUCAAUGAUGUGUUUUUGGACGUUUGAAUCUGGGGCGCCGUCAGCCUCCAUUAGGUGGAGUUGUGUUGCUACCUCCUCUCCCCUUGGAUCUCUGCAAGUGAUGUGAGGACUCUAAAACUUCACCUGAGCCUCCCUCGGCAUAUGGGUGAGUAGAUAAUGGCUGCAUUUUCAUUUUUGGGUGCACUAUCCCUUUAAGAAGAACGACAGCAAGUCAAAGUGUGAUGUCAUCAUAUGGAGACACAGGGUCGCAGGAGGAUUUUAAAAGAGCCAUUAUUGACCAAACAAUCACAUGUGAAUAAAGGUAGCAGCCUGUUGAGUGUAAAUCAGCCCAUCAACAUUAUAAACAGGUCUAAAGGAGCAUUAACGACGAGGUGGCUCCUCUGCAGUGGCUGUUUAUAACUGUUUAGCAUUUUAACUUGGCAGCGGUGAAACAAAUCAAUGUGUCCACACACUGUUAAAUCCUCCAAAUUUCCCCCAAAGAAUUUUCUUUUUUUGAUUUCAGAUCUAUAGCCUGCCUUGCUAGAGACUCCAGGCAGCCUCUGAGGUUCAGCAGCAGGUCGUACACGUGUGACGCACAUCUUAGUGGAUGAAACGUUAAAACAUUUUUUAACCUGACGUACAGGCUGCACAGUUUUACAGCUGUAGAAUGCAAUAAUCAGUCUGGGCCGACAGCAAUGACAAAUUAAAAUCUGAAUGUUAAAAAAAUUGCCGUUAUUCAGUUCCAUGUAAUUUUAUGUCAAAGCCACAGGAAGCCACUGACAAGGGUCUAAAGAGCGGCAUGUUUCGGCCCACCCCUGCACCGACACACCUGAUGUGCCUCUGUGAGAACUGUGUCUUUCAAAUCAGCUGUAUUCCUCUACAAGGGAGCACAAAGCUGAGACAUGUGCUCCUGUGGAGGCCGCAUGUGUUCGGAUCCCAAAAAGACACAUAAAGGCCCUGACACACCAAGCCGACGGUCGGCCGUCGACCAAAGUCGGGCCGUCAGUGAGCGUCUGUCGCCCUAGUUUUUGCGGUGUGUCCUGCACCGUCGGCACUUCAGCAUCGGCGGCUUUUCGGCCUAUUGAGCAUGUUGAAUCAGCGGCGGAGCUUGUUGGUGAGAGAGAUCACUCUGAUUGGCUGUUCAGGUUUUAUUUCCUUGCCCCGGAGAACGUACAUGCCACUUGGCCGUUGGAUGUAGUCCGUGUAGUGUGUUCAAAUGCAACUGACACAGGGCGACGUGAGGCGCAACAGUUGGCUUUUGUCGCCGCUAGUUCUUUAAUAUUGGUUUGGUGUGUCCGCACCUUCACGUGAACAAACUAACGGACAAAGGCAGCGGUAAACCAGUGACUCCUGUGUUCUGUGAGGUAAAAUUACUGUUUAUGUCAAUUGAGUUUAGUGGCUCUGAAGAGAGCAGAUAAUGGCUUCAUCUCUCCGUCAGAACGAGCUCUCUGACAGCUACACUGAUGAUGGUUCAUUAUCUCAUAAAACCCAGUUAAAAAAAUAUAAUCUGUCCCAUUCUUAUCAUCAUCAUCAGCGCUCGCUGCUCUCACCUUCAUCACUGCUUUGUUGCUAACAGCUAGGUGGAUGUUUCUAUUUGAAAGCAACGAGGAUGAAGUCAACCUUUAAAGGAAAUCUGGGGAAAUAUGUUUUUAAUUGUUUUCUCACUGGAGGUCAGAUGAGAAGUGUUGAAGCUACAGCCAUUAGCAUUAAGACUGGAUGCUAAGCUCGCCUCGCUCUGUCCAACUCACUGAUUAAUAUUACAUCAUGUUUAAUCCAUAAAAUCAUAGUGAUUAAACUACAAGAAGUCACUUGAUCCAUUAUUGAUAUAAAACAUAAUAAUUGGUGCAGCUUUACCGUCAGGACACAGAGUCUCCUUUAUUUUGGUGGUUACCUGCAGAAACAAUGAGUCGACGACGGCUCCUAAAGAGACAAAGAGGCAGAUAAACACGUCCUCCACACUACGAGGAAUUAUUACAACAUCGUCCAACUGUCACUCAAACAGGCAUCAGUACUUUCUUACCCUCUGUCUCUACCUGUGAUGUCAGGUUCACACCCUCACAACCCAGAAACAACCCAAGACAUUUAAACAUGAUCACAAAGAGGACAGACGGCUGAAGAAGAGCUAUUUCUACAAAAAGACUUUGAAGAUGUGCGUCUUGUAUUUGCCUUCGUCACAGUGCCAUUCACCCUGAGUGAAGGUGUGUUAACACUCAAACAUUGCUGGAGCUAAGAAUGCAGACAAGGAGCUCACCAGAAAAAGAGAUGAUGUUAUUUUGUCUUUACUUUUGUAACAAACACGACAUUUUCUCAACAUUUCACUGAUUUAUAAAGUAAGAACAAAGUGAUUUCUGGCACACAGCUACGAGAGUGACUGUUGACUGUAUGCAUAUCUAAUAUAUAUUCAUAUCUUUACAUUUCCUUGACUUUUGGAAGUGGUGACAUGUGCUCACGUCCAAUAAACCUUUUACAAAACUCA